AUGGCGGACUUCUCAUGGGCCACCUCCAUCCUUGUCGCCGUCAUCACUCUUGUGCUCAGCAGAAAGCUGUUGUCGUUCGUCAGCUUCAGCGCCCGCUCUCGACGCAAUGGCUGCAAGGCGCCUGCGCGGUAUCCACACAAGGACCCGAUCCUCGGACUGGAUUAUUUCAUGACUCAAAUGAAAGAGCGUAAAGAGGGCAACUCGCUGGCAGGCCAACGCGACCGUUUUGCGCGUUUGGGCCACACGUACGAGGUGAAUUCGUGGGGUACUCGCACCAUUCAGACAAUGGAUCCGCAGAAUAUCCACGAAGUGCUAGUUACCUCCUUUGACAAGUUUGGCGUGCAGGAAAUGCGGCUCUCAGUCGGGAUGCCCUUUCUUGGACCGGGAGUCUUUUCGACAGAUGGGCGGUAUUGGGCCAUCUCGCGUAAGAUGAUCAAACCGGCCUUCUCUGUCAACCCAUUUAUUUCCGAUUUCGAAGCCUUCGACGUGCAUGUGGACCGCAUGCUGAAACGGCUGCCGAGGGAUGGGUCAACGAUUGAACUGCAGAGCUUGUUGAAGUUUAUGUAUUUAGAUCACUCGACGGCCAUGAUCUUUGGAAAGUCGACAGACAUUCUUCUGCAAAAGACCCUUGAUGAGUCUUCUAGUGAACUGCUAGAAACGUACUCAGCGGCAGUAUCACGACUUGGUCUGCGUAUUCUUCUCGGUCGUCUGUGGAUUUUCAAUGCCUGGGACAAGGCAUACGAAGCCCUUGCACGGCGGAUACAUGCUGUAAUUGACAAAUAUAUUGACGAAGCAAUUGAACGACGACGGCGGCGGCGAGAAAAUCCUUUGGGCCAGCCUGAUCCAUACCAGCGUAGUAUAGUCGAUUCACUUCUCGCAAUAUCCGGUAUCCGUGAAGAAGUUCGCGACCAACUUGUGAAUAUUUUCCUACCUGCUCGUGAUGCGGCAGCUGUUGGGCUGAGUGCCUGUUUAUUCCAUUUAGCGCGGCAUCCUGAUGUGUGGAAUAAAUUGAGGGCCGAGGUACUCUCUAUCCAGGGACCUCUGACUCGCCAGGCUCUUCUGUCUUUGCCAUAUAUGCAGGCUGUCUUAAACGAGAGUCUCCGGCUCAAUUCCCCUGCCGCUGGAAACCGACGACGGUGUACCCAAGACUGUGUCCUCCCUACAGGCGGCGGCCGCGACGGCAAAUCCCCCGUUUUCGUAUCCAAGGGUGACGGCAUCGAAGUAGUCAUGGGCGCGAUGCACUAUGAUCAAGAAAUCUGGGGUCCUGACGCCGACAAAUUCCGCCCAGAGCGAUGGUUAGAAGGAAGCGCCGAGGAACUGAGUUCAUUCUACAUGCCAUUUUCAAUCGGCAAGCGCAUUUGUCCUGGUAAAGAUCUUACGCUGGCUGAAAAUGCCUAUGUGAUUGCCCGGUUGAUGCGACAAUUCAAAAGUCUGGAGAAUCAUGAUCCAGUGAUGGAGUUUGUGGAACUGAGUAAAUUGACCACGGAGAGUCGAAAUGGGGUUUUGGUUGGUUUAAUACUGGAAGAUGCUUCAUGA